AAGCUCAUAUCAAACACGUGCUUUGCCUACGAAGAAUCCAACAGGGUCACCAAGUUGCAGUCGUUGAGUCCAAAUGACCCCAUCGAAAAAAUGUCGACAAACUCUCUAAGCAUCAUGAAUAGUUUGGGGUAUACUGGCGACCUUUAUUCGUUCAGUAAUACAUCCAAACAUGUUGUUUUCAGUACCGUUAGGUCCUCGGCGAGCUUUGCCUAUAACAGCACCAAUUUCUUCUUCGUUGGAACUAGCAGUGGAGUGUACUGCAGUGACAUGGUCCAUGGUUGGAAGCGGGUGGUACUGAUUAGUGACACCACCAAGAUAUCGGUUCUUCCAAAGAUCAACUUGGUGAUAAUGUUGAGCAAUAACAGCUUGAGAUAUUACCCGUUAGACGUUUUGAUCAACUACUACUACGGCAGAAGGGAUACUGUAAGUAGUGUAGCCUUAUCAAGUGAUGCGGUUUCGUUUUUUGAGGUGGACAAGCACCGAGAGAUCACGAUGCUUUUCUAUGCCAAGAAGAAGGGAAACUCUUCUGGAGCCACCAACUUCAAGGUUUGUGUACCAGAAACCGACAAUGACGGAAUUUUUAGUGCCUUUAAAGUGGUGAAGAAGUUCUACGUGCAAGCCGAGUGUUUUGGAAUCUCCAUCUUCAACAGCUCAUUUGCUGUCUACACCAGUAAAGGAAUCGAAAUUCUUGAACUCGAUAAGCUCCUCCCCAGAUCGGUCCCUGAGAUUCCUAAUUUGGAUUCACUGACCAAAAAGAUCGACGUUUAUUCCCGAAGAUCACUCCCAACCACCCCAAAUGCCCCUGAGAUCGACAACAUACGGAGAGCCAUCUAUGGCACCAGCUCCAAGCCCAUGGGGAUGUUCAAGCUCAAUAACAACUCGGAGUUCCUCUUGGUAUAUAACGAGUGUGCGGUGUUCAUCAACAAGCAUGGAAAGCUCUCGCGGUUCUCAAUGCUUCGUUUUGACUACAAGGCUCGCUCCAUAGGAUUCCAGGACAACCAUCUCUUCAUUGUGUGUGAAGAGGCCAUUGAAGUAUGGUCCAUCAGUGACUUUGUCAAAGGUACCAACCGGCUCAUCCAGGUAACAGUAGGAAAAGGCAUCCGAAUGGUCAAUCUGCAGUCUUUGAUCUUCUCCAUGGCCAACCCCACUGUUCCUGGACUUCAAUUGGUGUUCCAGCUCCUGACCAAAUCACAUUAACAUUAGUGUAUAUUAUGUAACUUAUGCGUAUAUCGGCCGAAUCGGUAGUGGACCUCGGCAGUAGGUGCAACUCCGCGCGAAACUUGGGGAAACUUUGCAAACCUCACCAACCGCAGUUCUUUUUACAAAAGAUAUACAAUGGUUGAUUUUAAUGUCCAAGGCAAGGUUGCUGUAGUUACAGGAGGUACCAGAGGAUUGGGUCUCUACUGUGCUGAGGCAUUUGUGUUGAACGGGGCCUCCGCAGUGGUGAUUUCAUCUAGAAAACAGAAGGCAUGUGAUGAAUCCAAGAAGUACUUGGAAAAAUUGGCUGCUGACAACGGGAAAACUUGCCGGGUGAUUGGAAUUGCUGCCGACGUUUCAAAGGAGAGCGACUGUAACCUCUUGUUCGAAGAGACCAGCAAACAUUUCAAGAAAGUCGACAUUUUGGUUGCUAAUGCUGGUGCUACUUGGGGGGCCCCCAUUGGAGAUCAUCCGAUCUCAGCCAUGCACAAGGUAUUGGCAUUAAACGUGGUGGGAGUAUUCAACUGUAUCCAGUUGUUUACUCCUUUGUUGGAAGAAGCUGGGACCCCCGAAGAUCCGGCCCGAGUAGUUAUCAUGUCUUCUGUGGCCUCUAUUGUGUCUUUAGAUGCAGCAGGAGUAUACGGUUACACUGCCUCCAAGGCCGGUGUCAGCCACAUGGGAAAGUCAUUGGCACUUCAGUUGGGUCCCCGGAACAUCACUGUCAACUCGCUUGCUCCUGGCUACUUCCCAACCAAGAUGGCCAACGGACUUAUUGAAGUGGCUGGAGACAUUUUGGUGGACACCAACCCCAGAAGAAGAUUAGGAGAGAAAGAAGACAUCCAAAGUGCCAUUUUGUUUCUCUGCUCCAAACAAUCCAACUACAUCAACGGAGUGGUAUUGCCAUUGGACGGUGGCACGCACUUGGCUCCAGGUGCACGGUUGUAAAACCUGAUGAUGUUGUAGUAAAUAUCAAUGUACGAUUGAAAUUU